UAAGUGAGCAAAUAUAUGCAGAAUAGACGUGCGUAAAACAACAGGCUUUUACGCACGCCUAUUCUUGUGCCAAAUAAAGAAACAACCAGUGUAGUAGUGACAGCUGUAGCCCAGCACAGAGAAACCUGAGACUGGAAGGGCCCAAUCCCAGAAUUCCCACAGACUCUUAAGUGAUUGAGCAGACCACCUCCGACAGGAAGACCACGAAGCCUAGUAUGUGGGAUAUUUAUCUAACAUGGUCACAUUCUGCGCAAAGAGGCUGUUGUUGUUUUUGACGCUAUGUAGUUUGACCUUUGUUUGCCGGACAGAGGCUCAUUAUGGAAACUACAGCUUUAAACAUUUCCCACAAGAGGAGCUCAUGCCCCUCACCGCCGCCUACGGACUGGCUCUGGACCAUUACGCAGCUGCGAACUGGACCGAGUCGAUCAGAUACUUGGAGCAGAGUCUGCGUCUGCAUCGGCUGCUGAGGGACAGUGUUAGAUACUGUAUGCUGCACUGUAAUAAAACCCAAUAUGAAGAACCGAACCUCACAGAAAACCAGGACCUCCGCGUCUUCUGGCACGUCACCAUGAGAGCGUCCUGUCAGAAGAAGUGCAGGGAGCAUUUCCCCGCUCUGCAGCUUCCUACACCCAGCAGGGAGACACUGGAGGACUUCAGCAGGAGAUCUCCCUACAGAUACCUGCACUUUGCUCAUUCCAUGGUGAAUGACCUGCAGAGUGCCAUUCCAUGUGCCUACACCUACCUCCAGAAGAACCCAGAGGACCAGCAGAUGCAACAGCUCAUGGAUGAGUACAAGAGUCAGUACAACCUGAGUGGAUACCUCACAGACUACGAAGAACCAACCUAUGAGCCUUAUUUCCUGAAAGGGGUGAAACUUGUCGGUUCUGGCGACUUCGACAGCAGCACUGAUCACCUGGAGGAGGCUCUGAGGCUCUACCUACAUGAGUAUGAGCUGUGCCAAGCUGACUGUGAAGGGAUCUGUCACUUUUCUCCAGAUACGGACUUUUACGCAGCCAUAGCAGAUGUUUAUGUCGACAUAUUAAGGUGCCAGCUGAAGUGUGAGGAAACCCUGAAGCCUAAUGUCGGAGGCUAUUUUGUGGAGAACUUUUUGGCCACUAUUUACCAUUACCUCCAGUAUGCUUAUUAUAAGAUGAACAAUGGCCGCAGUGCCGUGCCAUGUGCAUACAGUUACUUCCUGUUGGAACCUGAGGACCGGGUCAUGAAGCAGAAUCUGCAGUAUUAUAAAGCCUACAGUGAACAGUGGGGCCUUCAGUCGCAACAUUUCACACCAAGGGCGGAAGCUCUGAAAUACUUCAACCAGAAAACAGCACAAAAACAGAUUCUUACAUUUGUAGAGACGUUCUUGGAGUUGGAUGAUGAGGAUUUUCUUGGACCUGAGGAAGCUGCAGUUUUGGCCCCAGAGUCUCCUGAUGUUGAGUUUGAAGGUAUGGGAGAUUAUGAGGAGUCCAUAUACGCCGACUGGAGGCAGCCGAAGGGCAAAGGGGACGCUGGGGCCUCGGACACCUGAACAAAACCGAGGAGGAAAAGUUCACAAAAUACUGAUAAUGCAAAUGAGAUGUUUUCAUUUCAGUUUGAUGUAGAAUUUAGUUUAAUGUUGUUGUUUUUUUAAUUAAACCAAACCCACCUCUACAACCUUUCAGCUGUUGUUUUCGCCAUGUUGUCAUUUUAUUCUAUUUAAUGUUACACUAAACCAAAAGUUAAUGUAAUGUAAAUGUAAAUGGGGUCAGCCAUAUCUCUCUGCAGUUCUACUACAACUUAACUGUAUGUUGUUGAAGAGGUUGAUACAACAAUUAUCCCCCAUCUCAAAUACUGUAUAUGAAAAUAAAAUGUUGACUGUUAAUAACAGACGUUCAUAGAUAUUGUCUAUCAACAUCUAUGAACUAAUCAUUGACAUCUUUCUGUUUGGUCGUCAUGACUAGUAAUAUCAUAAUAUCUGAUAAUGGGGCCGGACUG